GCACCAGGGGCUCCAUCGAGCCUCCGCCGAGUCCCUCGCUGCAGAUGAGAAAAUAAAAUGCGAGGUUAGGAGCGAGACGCUUUCAGAGGAUGAAGAUGAGGUUUUUCUAAAAGGAGCAGAGAGUAAUCAUCUUCAGGUACAGCCUGUAUGCUGCUUCACGCCUCGCUUUGAGGGACUAAAUCUUGGAGUUCUUUGCUGUUCCUGCCAAGGUGGGAAUUCUGGCACUUUUUGGCUAUUGGCUUCCCAACUUUCCUGAGCGCCAGAGGCUGACUUGGGCAAACAAAGUGGAUUCCAUGAGAAUUCAAACGCACGUCAGCACUUUCUUCUACUUUUCUUGGACUUGUGUUAAAGAACCUCGGCUGCCAUACACUAAAAACACUACCAGUCUUUGUGUUUGGCUUUGAAAUCCAGAGGAAGAAGCCGGUCUCUCCCAGCUUGUGACCAAGGAUGGCGGGUUGUACCAGCCGCUGCCAGCAGGGGGUGCUCAAGUUGAUCCAGUCUGUUCAGCGGCUGCUUUCGGGAACCCUCUCCAAAGAUAAAACGGACGAGGAGCUGGAGAUGACGACCGUCUGCCACCGGCCGGAGGGUCUGGAUCAGCUGGAAGCCCAAACCAACUUCAGCAAGCAGGAGCUCCAGAUCCUCUACCGCGGCUUCAAGAAUGAAUGUCCCAGCGGAGUGGUAAACGAGGAGACCUUCAAGCACAUUUAUGCACAGUUUUUCCCCCACGGAGGUAAAUACUGGCCCGCGUGGGCGCUCUUUAUGUGUUGGGAACAGGCCUCUCAGGUCUUUUUGGUGUUUUGGACUGCAGAUGCGAGCAUGUACGCACAUUACCUUUUCAACGCUUUCGACACCAGCAACAACGGCUCCAUCAAGUUUAAGGACUUUGUAGUGGGCCUGUCCAUCCUCCUGAGGGGAACCCUGAGGGAAAAACUGGAGUGGACCUUCCACCUUUAUGACAUCAACAGAGAUGGCUACAUCAACAGGGAGGAGAUGACGGAGAUCGUGAAGGCCAUUUACGACAUGAUGGGCAAGUACACCUACCCAGCACUGAAGGGAGACGUGCCACAGCAACACGUGGACAUCUUCUUCCAGAAAAUGGACAAAAACAAGGACGGGGUGGUGACUUUGGAGGAGUUUGUUGUGGCCUGCCAGGAGGAUGAAACCAUGAUGAGAUCCAUGCAGCUCUUCGAGAACGUGAUGUAGGAGGGGAGGAGCAACCCAGGGCUGCUGACCAAUCAGGGGGCUUGCUGCGUGGACGCAUACAGCGUGUGCGGCACACGCCGUCUCUCGUCCUGUUGCCCUUUUUUUUAAAUCCACCAGCCGACUGAACGCAGACAAAGACUUGCAUGGCAGAGGCGGACUUGAAUUGUUUAGUGGCGAGGAAGAGAAAAAGCAUGGAGGUCAAACUUUUUGUAAAGGUGGGCCGCUUCUUUGUUUUCCAUCGGCUGCCGCACAUUCGAAAAAUAUCAUUUCAUAAUAAACCCAAUAUUUGGAGUAAAAUAACAUUUUAGAUCAGGGUGCGGGAAAAGUUCUAAAUAUUGGAAUCAAGUCAAAAUUAUGAGAAGAAUUUAUAGCAAGGAAGUUGAACUAGUUGGAAAAUUAGAGAAACAAAUAAAGAGCUGAGAUUUGAUGAGCAUAAACUCCUCAUAUUAUCUGGGAAAGUAAUAACAUGGAAAAGUCCAAAUAUUAUGCCAAUGAAGUCAGAAUAUUACAAAAAGAACAUUUACAAAGAUUAUUUAAGAAGACAGUUGAAAUAUCAUUUUAUGAGAAUAUAAAUAUUAAGAGAAAAAUAUGAGAAUAAUUUUCUCAUAACUCUUAGUAAACUUCUCAUAACUCAUAUUAUGAGGGGAAACAAAUAUCAAAUUGUAGCAUAGAUUUAAAAUAUUUAAGAAAAAAGUUACAUUAUGAGAACUUUGGACAACUUUGGUUGUGGAAGACGUUCUAAUAUUAUGGGAAUAAAGUCCAAAUAAUACAUGAACAAAGUGGGAAAAAGUCCACAGAUGGUUGAAGAACAUGGUUGAAAUAUUAGGAAAAAACAUGAAAAACGGGUAAAAAGAGCAACGAAUGAAUUCGCAUGACAGAGCUGAGAUGCAGUGUUGUCUUGGCAUCAAUAGAAGUCGUAAAAAAGAAGGAGUGGGUCUUUUUGCCAUCGAAAGCGCUGUCGGGAACCACUGGGUGGGGUGAGGUUUGAGUCGGUUUCAGUCCAUGUUGAGCUGGCUGUACGACGUGUUGAUGUACGUUUGUGUCUGUUGAAGGUCUUCCUUUCAUGCUUUGCCUUUUGUGUCUCUGUGUGUCUUUAAAGGGUCAAGACUCUGUGGGUGUAAAUCUCAUGUGUGCAUAGCGAAGCCUGCUGUGUUUGUUUGCGCUUGCUGCAGUGUGGCGCGUGUACAUAGAGCCAACCUUCAGGUGAAGGCUUCGUUUUCGUGUGUACAAAUGGCAGCUUUGGAUGUUUCCAUCCACCAUGUGGGGCGGGGGUGGUACAUCCUCAAUCCAAUGCUAAAUGCAGAAGUGCUGAGCGAGCCGGGUGAGCACUGGACUUCCCUGCAUUAAGUGGCGGUGUUUGGAUUAUAUAGUAAAAAGGGCAGUAAAUUAUGAAUCAUUUUUGCAUCUCUUUGCUACUUGACGUACAGUGUAUGUGACAUCAUAGCCUCGGGUCCUGGUUCCACAUGGAGUUGCUUCAUUUCAUCCGGAGGAAAGUCAACCAAUUCUAAGCCAUACCGGUAAUAAAAGUAU